AUGGCGUGGAGCUUUAUACUACUUUUACAAGUGAUAUUUUUUCUUGCAAAGAACACUGAUGGAUUUUCUCCGUAUGUAGAACCAUUUUUCUUUUUGUGUAAUUACCAUGGAAACACAAAUGACCUUGUAGCAGAGAAAGGUGAAGUUUCUAUCAGCGUGUCGGUGGGAGGGAAUCCUGAAUACUACACGCCUGGAGAAUUCUACAAUGAUUUCAGAGCUUCAGCAACACUUGGACAUCAAAUGCUUUUCAAGGACACCACUGUACUUCAGUUGUGUGAAUUGGGAGCUUCAACAGAGCCAGAGAGACCAGACACCAUUGGAAUCAAUACUGACAGCUACUUACUGAGGGAAAGUUUUGACACAUCUUCCAACUUCGAUCUAAAUGUGUGGGCGUCCCAUGAUGGAGCCUCCAUCAGCAGUGAUUGUGGAACAGUGCUCCAUGGAGACUCAGCUCUAUUCUGUGAUACAGAAGGGUACCGUAACCUUAUUUCUGUCCCCCUUAACUUAACAUCUGCAGCAGUUCUACAGUUUACUAUCUCUGCUGGAACCUGUGGGGGUAUUGUGUUUGAAGAAGAGGACAUCAAAGUCACUCUUGGAAUCAACAACUGCAGGGAAUGGGUUGUUAUAGAUACUGUCAGUGCCCCAAAUGGACCAAAGCCUGAGACACAUCUUAUUCACAUCCCAGCGAGUGGUCAGCAGGACAAUGUUUGUAUCCGUUGGUCACAGGAGCGCCCGUCUAACCACACAUCAUUGUCAGAUGAUGAUGAUUAUGAAAAAAAUACAACUACAAGGAGCAAAUCGCUGACAAAGACCUAUCCUAUUAGGGGUGACCUUGGUGGCAUCGGUGUGAUUGAAGAGGAGACGACAGGUUCAGAGGAAGUACGGAAGGGUCCUUACAGGUCCUGUUGGGCUUUAGACAAUGUCCUAGUGGUCAACACAGCCCAUGCUCCACUAGUCAUCUCAGAAACGUUUGACCCUGUUGAUCCUUCUAAUUGGCUCUUCUUCCCUGGGGCAAACAUUCAGCGAAAGUGUCGAUCAGAAGAAAACUCUAUGUACUUCAAUAUGGUAAACCAGUCCACAAACUAUGUUGUUACAAGAGACAUGGACCUUAGUACUGAGGAUCUCUCAGAUGUCGUUCUGGAGGAAGUCUUUGAGCUCAAACGACAACCAGGGUGGAACAUUCAAGGUGGCCUCCCAGAUGUUAACUGUGGCAUCCUUCAUGAGGGGAACUCUUUAGUGUUCAGCAGUAAUGGAGGUAGAAAAGCAUGUACACCCUACCUGGAUACAAGAGGAGUUGGAAACCUACGAUUUUACUUCUCAAUGGGAAGUGGAGGGUGUCACAUGACAGAUUCAGAUGAAGUCCAUGUCCUGUUGUAUGGUGAAAACAUUGAUGGUCACACAACAACACUUCAAAAACUCCUCCCCAGCAAUCACAGGGAACCAAGGCUGGUGUCAGUACCAGUGGAGGGAACACUACGACAGAAAGAAGUUCGAUUCUGUUGGAUCCAGAAGUUCCACAAUGGUGGUGGUCAGGAUGUAUGGGCCAUGGACACUGUCCAAGUGUUUCCUGUCACUCCUCAAGGCCUUGGACGUAACAGGGACAAAAUUGUACAAUUUGGUAUCAAUAUGGGAUGUGCCACAAGUCCCAACUCUAACAGAGUAGCUAUGCAGUAUUCCACAGACUUGGGACAGACUUGGCAUAACCUCCAAACACCAUGUUUACAGGGCAGUUGUCAAGGCAACUAUCAGCCUGUUGUCUCUACAUUCUCCUCAGAUGACUACCCAAGCUGGAAGCAAGUUACGAUGCCAGUGCCUUAUGCUGCCAUGGUACCACAUGUAAGGUUUCGCUGGAUUCAGACACUAGAUGGAGCUGCUCCAAACUGGGCUAUCGACAAUGUGUAUAUAGGUGACUGUCCUGAGGGUUGUCAAGGCCAUGGGAUGUGCACAGAUGGCACAUGUAGAUGUGACUUUGGCUAUGCUGGACCUACUUGUGAGGAGACAGUUGUCCCAAACCCCACAGAGCUAAUGGAAAACUUUGCUGACCAGGCUGUUCUCUCCUCCUCCAGCUCUAUAGCUGUCAAAGGAGGAGAACUUAGUUAUGUAUGUGGAGUUCUGUCAUCAGAGAAGGCCUUAGUAUUCAAUCAAGAUGGUCCAAGGGAGAUAAUCACCUCCGAGUUUAACACAACACAGAACAGAUACCUACAGUUCUAUAUCCGGGUUGGGAGUCAGUCUGUGACAUCCCAAUGUCCUCCCUCUGACCGAGAAUCAGAGUCUGUCCUGCUAGACUACAGUUGUAAUGGAGGAAUUUCCUGGCAUCUUCUUAAAGUGUUCCGUCCCACUGACUUCAGCUCGCCAAAGUCAGACAUGGUCAUGUUACCAGAGGGAGCCCGAGGAACAGGCUGUCGGUUCCGCUGGUGGCAGCCAGAACACUCGGGACACGGAAGAGAUGUAUGGGCCAUCGACAGUCUGAGUCUCAAUAGUCAUCUGUUUAAUACCCUCACCAUGGAGAUGAAAGAUGCUGCUAAUGACACCACGCCUCUCAUAGCCAAUUUUGGCAAAAUCUCUGACGGCUACUGUGAUAAAAGGAGAUCUAUCAGUUUUUAUGAUCCACGUGAGGAUGGAGACCAGCGAUUUUUGAUGACCAGAUCGAUGCAUGUGGGACCAUCUUAUAUCAUCCAGUUUGACCUUGUGAUGGGUUGCCACAUCAUGUACAGUGAUGACAUUGACAAUGACCUCUACCUCGAGUACUCUGCAGAUCAUGGCCUUAGUUGGGGGCUUGUCACUGCCCCCUGUCUGCCCCCUAAAGCUUGUGAUGUCUUCACAGAGGGCACAAUUUACAAACCUUCUAAGUACACAGCUUGGACACAAGUCACUGUGCCACUUCCUCCUGCCACAUGGGGCCCAGUGACUAAAUUCCGCCUGCGCCAGCCCGACUGGAGCCCAACAGAUUCAUGGGGAGUGUCCAGACUUUACAUUGGUCAGCAGUGUCCAGCCAUGUGUAAUGGACAUGGUCAGUGUACCGAUGGAGUCUGUAGGUGCGAGGAAGGCUUCCUUGGGGAGGACUGUCAUACUAAGGAAGCUUGGCAAUCUUCCAUGCAGGCAGACUUUGGAAUACGAUACGAGCCUGACAGUGACUUUUCAAGCAUCCUUGGAGGAGAGGUGAUAAACGGCAGGAAAGGAUGUGGAACUCUCUUGUCAGGAGAGUCUCUUUAUUUCUCAGGAAAUGGUGUUCGAGAGCUACGAACAAAAGACUUUGACACAAGCGAGAGUGAUUAUCUCCAGUUCUACCUCAGGAUAGGUGGUGACCUACCUGAUUGUUCAGGGUCCGAAACACGACAGGAAGGGGUGGUUCUCCAGUUCUCAAAUAAUGGGGGCACUACCUGGGAACAGUUGAUGGAACUAGUGCCAGCAGAAUACAGAAAUCCUAAGUUUGUACAUACUGUAUUACCACCCGAAGCACGGUCACCCAACACCCAGUUCCGCUGGUGGCAAGGCUCACACUCUGGGGGAGGAAAGGACCAAUGGGCCAUUGACGAGAUCAUGCUUGGUAGUUAUGACCACAUGACAAAGAUGGAGGAUAACUUUAAUGAUCAUCUUGAUGUGCUGGACUCGAAUAUGUGGUCAACCGUGACGGAAGGUGUGUUGGGGAAAUACUGCCAGGCACGUGACCCUGCCCUCAUUCUAGCCAAUCAGGAGAAUGAUAAAUUUGCCAUCACUAAGGACCUUGACCUUCAGACAGGAGAUAUUGUACAGUUUAGGAUCAAUGUAGGUUGUAGUAACCUUUUCCGUCUGGAUCACCCAGUCCUGUUACAGUAUAGCCAUGACGGUGGCCAGAACUGGCGCCUUCUCUCUGAGCCAUGUUACCAAGAGAUGGACUGUAGUGAACACACUGAGGGUACAAUCUACUACUCUGGUCCCCAUGGUUACUGGCAGACCAUUGUCAUACCUAUCACACAGGCAGUUGCAAUGCAUCCAGUUCUCUUCCGCUGGUGGCAGCCUGGAGGAUAUGCCCACAGUUUUGCUCUAAAUGAUGUAUCUAUAGGUCCGCCCUGCCCAGAGAACUGUCACAGAGAGGGGCUGUGUACUAAUAGUACAACCUGUAUUUGUAACGAAGGAUUCCUGGAGCCAGAUUGCCGAUCACCUGGCGAGACACCUCAUGGUCUGCUGGACUGGUUUGACAACCAUCACAAACCUCGAAAAAUCUGGAGGAGGAUUAUGGGAGGAAAGCUCGGCCUGGGAUGUGGAGUAGUUGAUUAUGGGAAUGCUUUGUUCUUCAAUGAUGAAGGUACACGAGAGGCUGUAACGGCACCUCUCAACACUACUUUCCUCAGAAUGCUUCAGUUUUCAAUUCGUAUUGGAAGUGAUGGUAGUUCUCCACAAUGUCACCAGCCUAACAGCCGUAACGAGGGUGUGGUGGUGGCCUACUCCACAGAUAAUGAGAUCACAUGGCACACAUUGAAGGUUGUUGAACCUCGUAUCUACAACGGCAGUACAGAAAUGCUCACAAUAUCCCUGCCGCCAGAGGCCAAAACAGAGGCCACCAUCUUUAAAUGGUGGCAGCCUUUGGGCUAUGGAGGUUUACCAAGGGCUGAAUGGGGUCUGGACAGUGUUAUUGUGGGUGUGAAUGAGACAAAUUCUGAAGGUUUUGAUGAUGACUUCCAUUCCAUGACCCCUGACCCCCAGAAAUGGAUGCUGACAGAAAGUGCCAUCCCUAGAAUCACUUGUCACUCUCAGGGAAAUGCCCUGGAAUUUAGUCGAGAUAAAGGACUGAGGUUUGCUGUAACACACGACUUCCGUGUGACACCCUCCAUGUUUCUGCAGUUUGACAUUGCUAUGGCCUGCGACUCACUGUAUGGGACAAUCUACGGUACACUCUACAGCGUAGAGCUGGAGUACUCGGUAGAUAUGGGACAGGCAUGGCGGCCAGUAGUGGAGGAAUGUACACCACCUAACUUUGAGUGCUCUGGCUAUCACUUGUCCAGCGAGUAUGUUUCUGACCAGCACCGCAACUGGACAAGAGUAUCUGUUUACCUACCUCCGGGUGCUGUAUCACCAGCAACUCGAUUCCGAUGGAUGCAGCACACCUCGUCCCAGCGUGGUAAUGUAUGGGCAUUAGACAAUGUGUACCUUGGAGACGGUUGUCCAUGGCUGUGUUCUGGUCAGGGCUACUGUAGAAACAAAACUUGUGUAUGUGAUCCAGGAUUUUCAGGUCCAUAUUGUGUACCAAGUACCCCUCUUCCCAUGAUACUGAGAGAUGACUUCAACAGUCGUGAUGUUAACACUGACAACUGGAGAGAAAUAUACGGAGGAGAAAAUUUGGACAUUUGUGGAAAACUUGUCAGCGGCCGAUCUCUCACAUUCCAUAAAGGAAAUCUGAGAAUGAUAGUGAGUCGUGAUAUUGACACCAGUAUGCUGAAUACCAUAGAGUUCUUCUUCAAAUUUGGAUGUAAUGGAGAGGUGGUGGAUUGGCCAAGGUCAGAGAGUGUCCUUCUCCAGUACAGUACCAAUGGUGGAAUCACCUGGAAUCUCCUCAAGGAAAUUCACUAUCAUAGUCACCAAGGAGCCAGGUUUUUCAGCCUUGACCUGCCUUUCAAGGCAAGAAACAAUGCCACUCGCAUACGAUUCUGGCAGCCAAAAAAUGGAGGUACAAUGAGAUCUAUCUGGGCUGUAGAUAAUCUGUUUAUCGGCAGGAUGAUGAUGAACCCAAGCUCGUUAACAGACAGUUUUGACUCACAGCCUCUUUCCGAUGUUUGGCUGUUUGUCAAUGAUGGAGAGGUUGGCAGUUAUUGUCAACACAAAACCAGAAGUGACACCGUUUCUGCAGGACAGUCUGCUUUGGUGUUCAAACGUGGCCCAGAUUCUGGAGAACACUAUGUUUUAACUAGGGACAUGGAUGUUGGACCAAUGUCUGUCCUACAGUUUGAUAUCAAUGUUGGCUGUGAAGCUGAGUCUACAGAUAGAUACCCUGUCCGUCUUGAGUACUCACCCAAUGGAGGGAAAACCUGGCAUUUACUGGUGCCAAACUGUGCUGAAGUGUCGUCUGCUCGCUGUUUCGAUGUUACCCUUCACCCGUCUGUUUACUAUGGUGGCACCUCCAGCUCCUGGCGUCGUAUUAUUGUCACUCUUGAUUCUCUUCACACGUGUGGGUCACUAAGAUUCCGAUGGUACCAGGGAUUCAUUCCAGAUGAGGACUAUGGCCCUGAGUGGGCCAUUGAUAAUGUGUUCAUUGGUAUGGCCUGUAUGGACAACUGUUUGGGACAUGGAGAAUGUUCCAACACCAUGAUGUGUACUUGUGAUCAAGGAUACCAAGGUGACAGUUGUCAUCCAGCCAGUCAGCUUCCUGAAUAUCUUCGAGAUGACUUUUCCCAAACAGACUUCACAUUUACUCAGAACGGAGUAGAUGAAACCAAGUGGUGGCUGUCCAGUGGUGGCCACAUCAGUGAUGAGUGUGGCCUCAUCAAUAUAAAUUUGAUGAAUUUUAAAAAUGAGUUGAUUCUUUUCAGUACGAUACAGUUUUUCCUGCGCCUUGGCUGUGAAGCAGUCCCUCUGACAGAUGACACUAUGCCAGUAUACCUCCAAUCCAGUAUCAAUGGUGGGGUAUCUUGGCAGUCUAUUGAACAGUUUGAUUUUAACCAACACAGUAACAGGCCGAAAUACUAUGCUCUACAUCUGCCAGAGAAGGCUCGAACCAACUCCACACAUCUAAGAUGGUGGCAGCCAUCACUGGAUGGCACCUUUACCCAGGAUUGGGCCAUAGACCAGAUAUAUGUUGGAGGAGAUGUUCAAGGGAUGCAGCCUCUCCUAGAUGACCCAAUGACCCCUCGGGAGACAAGUUGGCUCAUGUACCCCGGAGGAGAAAUAGAGCAUGCAUGUGGGUCUAUAGCAGAGACAAUUCACUUCCAUGGUGAGGAACCAAUGCGGUAUGCCACCUCUGCUGAUGUGAUGGUGGAAGACGGAACAUUUAUUCAGUUUGAUAUUGUCAUGGGAUGUUCACCAUCACAGGACUGUUACAAUAUCAGGAUACAGUAUUCACAUGACAUGGGCAACAGUUGGAAGCUCCUACAGGAACCCUGCCUCCCGUCGGAUAUUGACUGUGGACGUUUCGACCCUGGUAGUUCACUGGUGUCCGAUGUCCACACAGGCUGGAACAGGGUCACCAUACCCAUGCCUCACUAUACAAGAUCUAAAUCAACUAGAUUGAUGUGGGUACAGAAUGGAUGGACAUCAGGCAAACAGUCGUGGGCUGUGUCAUACCUGUAUAUAGGAAAAGACUGCUCCAGAAUGUGCGGAGGUCAUGGCCGCUGUUCCAACUCUGGCUGUCUGUGUGAUGAUGGUUGGUCAGGUUUUGAGUGCAGUGUACCAGUUAGGGCCCUUCCUACACAUCUGUAUGAUACAUUUUCCAAUGGAAUAGACAAUACCCUGUGGUCUAAGGUUGUGGGGGCAAAGGUCACUGAAGGUUGUGAAGUCUUGGCUUCUGGUAACACAUUGCAUUUCAUGGAGGGUUGCAGUCGAUUACUGAUCAGCCACGACCUUGACCUCUCGAAUGCGACAAUGAUCCAGUUCUACUUUAUGUUUGGAUGUAAUGCUGCCCCAGUCACACGUAACCAAGGAGUACUUGUAGAUUACUCCACUGAUGGUGGCUCCACCUGGACACCCGUCACAGAACUAUACUACGCUUUGUACAAAUCACCAAGGUUUGUCCAUGCAGAUUUACCAGAGGGGGCUAAACAGAGGGCAGUGAGGAUACGAUGGUGGCAGCCAACUCACGGGGGUCGACAGGUGGGAGAUUGGGUCCUCGACAAUAUCAGGAUAGGAGGUCAUAAGGUUAACCCUAGCAGUAUGAUUGGGCAGUUUUCUGAUGAGCUGAAUGACAGUGAUUGGCUGGCCUCUGACAACAUGGUUGCCGACAAUUAUUGUGGGGAAUUACAUGUUGCCAAGGGUACUACUCAAGUGGAAGAAGACUCGGUGUUGACUACUCAGGACAUUCAUAUUGAUGAGAAUUACAUGUUGCAGUUUGAGAUAAACGUAGGCUGUGGCCAGGAGUGGAAUGUCAGUGGCCCUGCUGUCCACCUACAGUACUCUUCAGACAAUGGUCUUCAUUGGCAUCACCUUAAACAUCAGUGUCUACCUGAUGACCCCCAGUGUAAUGGAGGACCUCAGAUGUCCACAAUUUACUUCAGUGAGCCAAUGGGGAUGUGGCGAAGAGUCACUGUGAAGCUUGAAGGUCUACCAGUGUCUAGUGGUACCCGUCUACGAUGGAUCCAGAAGGCAGAUGGCCAUCAAGGAGACACCCACAAGUGGGGAUUGAGACGACUGUAUGUGGGACCCCCUUGUGAGAAUCACUGUAGUGGACGAGGUACAUGCCAUACUCCUCAAUGUUCCUGUGAUUUUGGGUAUGGGAGCACUGACUGUAGCCGCCUCUUAUUCACUAGUAAUCCUACUUACUUAAAGGAUAACUUUGAAGGAUCAGAGGUAGACAAGACCAAGUGGUCACUAGUGCAGGGCGGUCAUGUGGGUUCAGGUUGUCACGGUCUGGUGGAAAACUCAGCAAUGGUCAUGUCAGGUCCUGGUAAUCGGCAAAUUGUCACCGGUGACCUUGACCUUCGUAAUGCCAGGUUUAUACAGUACUAUGCUGUGAUCGGUGGAACAGGCACAGAACCAGGAUGUUUUUCUCCUACAUCUUCCAAACACAGUGUCAUACUACAGUACUCUACAGAUAAUAGUUUACACUGGGACACUCUCCAUGUGCUUGACUAUGCCAGUUACCAGGAUGUAAAGAAGGACUACGUCCUUCUGCCACAAGGAGCAAGAACUGAAAGUACAAAGGUACGGUGGUGGCAGCCAUUGACGGAGGGAUAUUCACAGAACGGCCCUCAAUGGGAGAUUGACGAGGUCUAUAUUGGUGGAACUGAAAUUAACCCUAGUGAGAUACAGGUUUCCUUCGAUGAUAUGGAUGAUGUGAAUAUACAGAGUGAUGCCCCUUGGGAGUUCACUCCACAUGGUCAAAUACGUGAGGAUGUGUGUACGACUUUUGGACACGCUAUAAGCUGGGAUGAAGGAAAGGGCACCCGAAGCUUCACCUCCAGCCAAAUGAUUGUACAAUAUAACUACAUGUUGCAAUUCAAGAUCGUGGUUGGCUGUGGCGGUCAACCAGAUGCUUGUAAUUCUCACUCUCCGGUCAAGCUGCUCUAUAACAAGAAUCCAGCAACUGACCGCUGGGAAUAUGUCCAACCCUUGUGUCUACCUGAUUUAAAUGGCAUGCAGACUGAUUGUCGUCCGAGCCACUAUCACUCGGCUAGUGAAUAUUCCACAGAGGGAUACCCUGCCUGGACAUGGAUCACUAUUGAUCUACCUGAUACAGUGUACUCAAGUGCGACAAGAUUCCGAUGGCUACAGGAAGCGACGAAUUCAUCAGCCUCAUCUUGGGCACUAGAUGAUGUCUACAUUGGGGAAAAGUGUCCUGCUAUGUGUAGUGGCAGGGGCGCCUGUCUGUUUGGCACCUGUGUGUGUCAUCAGGGUUACACAGGUUACUCCUGUGAGAAAAUUGCUCAACAUCUUAUAAGAAAAAUGUCAGAUUCAUUUGAGGGAGGAGUGUUUAGUUUUUACUGGGAAACCAUCACCGGUGGGGGCAUUGGUUUUGGCUGUGGAGCUCUACUACCCUAUGCCCAUGGGAAAACGCUCUACUUCAAUGACUGUGGUCUAAGACAGAUGGUUACGGUGGAAAUGGAUCUCCGCAGGGCCAGCAAAAUAAUGUUUGUGCUACAGAUAGGUUGUCGAGAACAAACAACCACUUGUAAUGUAAAGACAGGCCAAGGUGUACAGUACAGGGGAGUGUUAUUACAAUACACUACAGAUAGGGGGACACACUGGAAACUCCUUGCAAGACAUGAUCCAGAAGACUACCUUAAUCCCAAACGGGCAGCAUAUAAUCUACCCGAGGAUGCUCAGGUCAAGGGCGUGCAGUUUCGAUGGUGGCAACCUUUGCAUGACGGGGAGGGACAUGACCAAUGGGCGAUUGAUGAUGUAGAAGUGAUAACAAAUCAUAAUUCAUUUUCAAGAUUCAGACGAAGUAAAUGGAGAGGACAGUGAAAAACAGAGACAUUAAGGGAAAGAAAUGUAAAAAGACAUUUGAACCAGAAACUGAAUGCACAUUUCUGAAGUAAUGGAUUUUGUAGGGUUAUUAUAACCUUAAAAAAUGUAUAAAACAGGGUUAUAUUACAGUAUUGUUGUAAACAUGGAAUGAUUGAGAUUAAAACCAAGAGCUCAGUAUGCACUCAAACCCUCCAGACUGUCCCCAAACACAUACCAGUACAAACGUCUUCACACAACUGUCCAUAGCCACUGUCUGACCAGAGUCAAACCCUCCAGACUGUCCUAAACACAUACCAGUACAAACACAUCUUCACACAACUGUCCAUAACCACCGUCUGACUUCAGUCAAACCCUCCAGACUGUCCCCAAACACAUAACAGUACAAACAUGUCUUCACACAACUUACCAUAGCCACCGUCUCUCAACAGUCAAACCCUCCAGUCUGUCCUAAACACAUACCAGUACAAACACAUCUUCACACAACUUACCAUAGCCACCGUCUCUCAACAGUCAAACCCUCCAGUCUGUCCUAAACACAUACCAGUACAAACAUGUCUUCACACAACUGUCCAUAACCACCGUCUGACUAGAGUCAAACCCUACAGACUGUCCUAAACACAUACCAGUACAAACACAUAUUCACACAACUGUCCAUAACCACCGUCUGACUAAAGUCAAACCCUACAGACUGUCCUAAACACAUAACAGUACAAACACAUAUUCACACAACUGUCCAUAACCACCGUCUGACUUCAGUCAAACCCUCCAGUCUGUCCUAAACACAUACCAGUACAAACACAUAUUCACACAACUGUCCAUAACCACUGUCUGACUAGAGUCAAACCCUCCAGACUGUCCUAAACACAUACCAGUACAAACACAUAUUCACACAACUUUCCAUAACCACCGUCUGACUAGAGUCAAACCCUACAGACUGUCCUAAACACAUAACAGUACAAACACAUAUUCACACAACUGUCCAUAACCACCGUCUGACUAGAGUCAAACCCUCCAGACUGUCCUAAACACAUACCAGUACAAACACAUAUUCACACAACUGUCCAUAACCACCGUCUGACUAGAGUCAAACCCUCCAGUCUGUCCUAAACACAUACCAGUACAAACACAUAUUCACACAACUGUCCAUAACCACUGUCUGACUAGAGUCAAACCCUCCAGACUGUCCUAAACACAUACCAGUACAAACACAUAUUCACACAAUUGUCCAUAACCACCGUCUGACUUCAGUCAAACCCUCCAGACUGUCCCCAAACACAUAACAGUACAAACAUGUCUUCACACAACUUACCAUAGCCGCCGUCUCUCAACAGUCAAACCCUCCAGUCUGUCCUAAACACAUACCAGUACAAACACAUCUUCACACAACUGUCCAUAACCACCGUCUGACUAGAGUCAAACCCUCCAGUCUGUCCUAAACACAUACCAGUACAAACACAUAUUCACACAACUGUCCAUAACCACCGUCUGACUAGAGUCAAACCCUCCAGACUGUCCUAAACACAUACCAGUACAAACACAUAUUCACACAACUGUCCAUAACCACCGUCUGACUUCAGUCAAACCCUCCAGACUGUCCCCAAACACAUAACAGUACAAACAUGUCUUCACACAACUUACCAUAGCCGCCGUCUCUCAACAGUCAAACCCUCCAGUCUGUCCUAAACACAUACCAGUACAAACACAUCUUCACACAACUGUCCAUAACCACCGUCUGACUAGAGUCAAACCCUCCAGACUGUCCCCAAACACAUACCAGUACAAACACAUAUUCACACAACUUUCCAUAACCACCGUCUGACUAGAGUCAAACCCUCCAGACUGUCCCCAAACACAUACCAGUACAAACAUAUAUUCACACAACUGUCCAUAACCACCGUCUGACUUCAGUCAAACAACAGUCCUCAUCACAUUUUCAUUGUGUCUUUUUUUUGUAUUGUAUAGUUAUUUGCUCCAUCUGGCCUCAUAAAAAAGAAAAACAAAGCAUGUCCUUGUUCAUUUGAACCUCAAUACAUAGUGCACACAUUGCCAACAGUGUAUUCUUAUAGCUGGUUUUAAUUGUGAAUAGAGUCUUAGGGUUUCAGAUACAAAUGUAUAGAGUGUGCUGAUUACAACACUGCUUUGGUCCUACUGUCUUGAUAAAGACCAGUAUUUGUUUUUGUGUGUGCAUGUUAAAAGCUGUAGUAAAGUUUUGUCCUGAUGUCAGUUUAGAUAAAAACGAAAUGAGUAGGGGCUUACAAAGAUACACACACACACAACCAUCCCUGCAAUCUUUGAGACAGAUUUUCUAUUUGGGUAGUGGUCAAGGGUAUUCUUUAACCUUCACCAAUAACCACUGAAGUCUAAUUAGAAGUUGGCCAGCCUUGGUGUUGUGAUACUGUGGUGUGAAUCUGAAGUAAAUCUUCAGGGGUUCAAUUCCCAAAGUAGUCUAAUGACCACCGAAAUGUAAUCAGACCUUUCUAGUAAAAUGGUAUGGUGUAUAUGAACCAAAUAUUCUCAAGAGAUCAUGAGAUAGCUUGCACACAAGGUUGUCUAACUAUACACACAGACAAGAUCAUUACUGUAUCGUUUUGACCUAGUACAAUGUAUUAUGCAGUAUUAUAAAUAUUGCAUACCCUUCCCCACCCCCAGUUACAAAGUUAAAUACACACUCAAUUACCAUACUUACCAUUUUAUGUAAUAUUCAUCUGCAUACAGCUCAAAAGAUAACUUUGUCGUAAAAAUAUCUGCAUUUACCUUCUUUUUCGGUUCAUUGUUAGCUGAACUUUUAUUCAACAGAGGAUACAGUAACCUGUGACAAGAUUGAGAGUUAGUGUGAAAGUGUGCGUGAAAACAUUAAUAUCACAUGUGUUGGUUUAUGUACAGUACUGUAUCUGUUCUCAGAUGUAUCAUGGUUUAUAGUAGUGCUGUGUCCUUUUAAUGUUUAUCUAACUUACCCGUUGCCCGAUUUUGAAGAUUUUUAGUAACUUCCAACACAACAAUUGAAUGCUUUUGUUUUCUGUUCUAUUUAUGUGUUAUAUAACAAUGAAAAAAUCAUUUGUUUUGUUUGUCUGAUUUUUAGUUGAAAUCCUGGUUAACCAAAAGGAGAAGAGAUGUGAAAUUUCACCUGCUUAUCAGUUGUGUUAUCCCUUAUUUUGUGGAGUGCCAUUAUUUGAUAAAAAUUGCAAUAAAUACACUGUAAGAUGUUCAUUUACUCAUAUUUUCGAGCUUAUCUGGUGAACAAACGAUCACCCUUUGUAAAUGUAUUGAGGUAGAAUAUAAACCAAAGACAAAAUAUAAAUGGCUUUGCAAUGCAUUUCUUGUCCAACAUUACAGAACAACAGUAAAUAACGCUAUGAAAUGUACAUGUGACUUGCAUCACCCAUGUAUUUGAUUUAAGCUGCUUUCAUGAAUUAAGUUUUUCUCUUUUUUUUUCAUAUGACUGACUUGAAAUUUAUAUAUUUGUAAUAUGGAAAAUGUAUUGGAAGAUAUGAUUUUGUUAGAACCGAGUGCAGAGUAGUGACAAUGGUAAAUGUUAACUUUGGUUUAUCACAACUAAUCCUAUAUGAUAUACACUAUCGUAGAACUAUGAACAUUCAUAAUGUGGUUAAUUGUCAUGGUUUCAGCUCACUUAUCUGCGAAAUUUGCCAGUUGUCAUAGUAACAAAAAUAGACUGCCAUGAAUAUGCUAUACAGUGAUUUUGAUGUGAUAUACAUACUUCUCCCAUACCAGUGUUUGUUUAUAUUUGAUGUAAUAAAGAUAUUACAAACAUAUUUUUUCUUGUCACA